AACUUUUUUUUUUUCCAGAUGCACCAAGCUUUGCCAUCAGAAGCCUUUGGAUUUGAAAGAUGAUAACACUGAAAUUCACUGUCCUGUUACAGUGAAUCCGUGGCACAUGAAGAAAGCUUUUAAAGUUAUGAAUGAGUUAAGAAGUCAAAACUUGCUGUGUGAUGUGACGAUAGUGGCUGAGGACAUGGAAAUCGCAGCGCACAGAGUUGUGCUAGCCGCCUGCAGCCCCUACUUCCAUGCCAUGUUUACAGGUGAGAUGAGUGAAAGCCGAGCAAAGAGAAUUCGAAUAAAGGAAGUUGAUGGCUGGACCCUAAGGAUACUUAUUGAUUAUAUUUACACUGCUGAAAUUCAAGUUACAGAAGAAAAUGUGCAGGUGCUGCUUCCAGCAGCUGGUCUCUUGCAACUGCAGGAUGUGAAAAGGACUUGCUGUGAAUUUUUGGAAUCCCAGCUUCAUCCUGUCAACUGCUUGGGAAUUCGUGCUUUUGCUGACAUGCAUGCAUGCACGGAUCUCUUGAACAAGGCCAACACAUAUGCAGAACAGCACUUUUCUGAUGUUGUGCUUAGUGAAGAAUACCUCAAUCUUGGUGUAGAACAGGUGUGCAGUCUGAUAUCCAGUGACAAACUUACAAUUGCCUCAGAAGAGAAGGUAUUUGAAGCGGUGAUAGCAUGGGUAAACCAUGACAAAGAUGUAAGGCAGGAGCUAAUGGCACGCCUGAUGGAGCACGUCCGGCUGCCUUUGCUUUCCCGGGAGUAUUUAGUUCAGAGAGUUGAAGAGGAAAUAUUGGUUAAGAACAGCAGUGCUUGUAAGGAUUACCUCAUUGAAGCUAUGAAGUAUCACUUGCUGCCAACUGAGCAACGGGCUCUGAUGAAAAGCACUCGAACGAAACUGAGAACACCUGCUAGCCUUCCAAAAUUGAUGAUGGUAGUUGGAGGACAGGCACCAAAGGCAAUUCGCAGUGUUGAAUGCUAUGAUUUUAAAGAGGAACGCUGGCAUCAGGUGGCUGAGUUGCCUUCCAGAAGAUGUAGAGCAGGAAUGGUGUACAUGGGAGGCAUGGUUUAUGCUGUUGGUGGUUUCAAUGGUUCACUAAGAGUCCGCACAGUAGAUUCCUAUGAUCCAGUGAAGGACCAGUGGACGAGUGUUGCUAAUAUGCAAGACAGGAGAAGCACACUGGGAGCAGCUGUAUUAAAUGGACUUCUCUAUGCUGUGGGAGGAUUUGAUGGGAGUACAGGUUUAUCAUCAGUUGAAGUUUACAACUUAAAGACUAAUGAGUGGUUUCAUGUAGCUCCAAUGAACACAAGAAGAAGUAGUGUUGGAGUGGGUGUGGUUGGAGGUAAACUGUAUGCAGUCGGUGGCUACGAUGGGGCAUCACGUCAGUGCCUUAGUUCAGUCGAAUGCUACGAUGCCAAUACAAAUGAGUGGAGCUAUGUUGCAGAAAUGAGCACUAGGCGGAGUGGAGCAGGUCACUUUUUUGUCAAGUACUCAAUGGUGCUUUUUAGCAACACCUUUCAAAUACCUACUGGUGAUUGUGCUAACCUGCUUCACAAUUGGAAGAGAUGUUGCUACAAAUAAAAUGGAUGGCCUUCCUGCAUGCUCUGUAGAUGACUGAUGGUUGUCCCACCUUUUCAUCUUGCCUUCCAUUAUUCUUUAUUAAUGUUGAGUAGUUUUUAAGCUGUGCUAAUGAUGUUUAAAGUCAAUCCAAAUUAUCUCGAUAGGCAUUAUAUAAAAGUAUUAAAAUCAGUAUUGAAUUUAAGCUAUAUACUUUGUGGUACUUCCUUAACACCGUUACAAAACUAGCAAGUAGACAGGUCUGCUAUUGCUAAAAAUAAUAUUUCUAUGGUUUUUAAAUGAAAGUUAUGUUAAUGAAAGAAAUCUGAUAUGAUACUGUGAAGCUUCUAGUUAGUUUGUGUAUCAUGAAAAUAAAUCUGGGUUUAAAACUUGGCCAGAGCUGCAGUAAGGCAGUUGUCUAAUACUGGCAAGUUUUGAGGAAGGUGUUUACAUAAAACAGCUAAAUUACUUGAAUGAUCACAAAGACAAACAUUGUUGGUGGGCUGCUAAAUAGGUUCAUCUUGCAGUCUUCCAGCAACGCCCUUUUAUCUAAGUUUAAAAAAUAAUAAUUAAAUGGAAAAAAACCCCACAACCUGUUUUUGCAAGCUGUCAUUGUGCCUGCAGCCUAUUUAUAUACUGGAUAUUUUCAGAUUUUUCUUUGAUUUUGAGUUACUUCUACAAGUCUAAAAUUUAGUGCCUUAAAUGCAACAGCUGCAGGGAUCCUUCUGCCCUGCCCCUCUCCUCCUGUCCCUCACUUUACAGUUCAGGACCUUGUUCAUGUAACUCUGCUGCUUUUUACCUUUUCCUCUGUUUAAAAAAGAAAUAGAGAGGAAAAAGGUAAAUCCAGUCAGUAAUCUCAGAUUCAAGUAAUUGAGGAAAAUAAUCCAGUGUCUGUGGUGCCACUCUUAAAUGCAUGGAAAGUUUUAUUUGUGCUUGGGGAGGAGUGGGUGGUAACGUGGAAAAAUCGUGGCUGUUGAUUGAGCUUGUCUGUCAGCCAAAUACCUCAAACCUCUAGAUCUGCUUCAGCUGGUGAUCAGUCCUGGUGUUUUAGGUACUCGCUAAAGAGAAUUUUGUUCCUGUAUUAAAUCUAUGAUCUCUGUUCAUCUCAAGGAACUUAAGCCCAUCUCUUCUGUUCCUACUGCUUCACCUUCAUUCAAAAGCAACUUCAGAGGUUAACCCUCAGUUAAUCUUCUGUAGUACCGACUGCAUCUCAGUUGAUCAAUGUGGGGACAAAUCUGUUUCCGGCAACAUAUUGGGAUGAGGAACUUCAGAUUCAGAUAUAGGCCAUUUGGGAGGGAUGAGAGAGAUAAGACAGGGUCCUGAAAAAUGGGCAGGAAAGAAAAAUAACAGGAGCACUCUGAAGACGGCAACAAGAAGAUACAGACGGAAGGAGCAAGAAAUAAGGUAGGACUUGGAAACUGGGUGUGGGGUUAAGGGAAAAUGAAGGACCAAAGAGAAAUGAAAGACGUUUUUACAACAGAGUUGCCAAAUAAGAAAUGGCAAUAUGGCAAAAGAAAACUAUAUACACUAGGUAGGGAGGUCAGAAACUGGAGAGAAAACUCAGGCGGGGAAGGAAAACGGCUAUGAAGCAGGUUCUUUUUAGUUAUUUGCUUGAUCUGUAUCACGUCGCACAUUCAAACUGAAAAUCUUAGCCAUCCUAGCUCCGUAAUGUUUAACCUUACAAAAGAUGAAUGCUGUAUUAUCCCGUCUAAUAAAGUGAGAUCAGAGUGGGAGAAAGAAAAGCUGUCACUUUGUACUGUGACAUGAUAGCUAGAAAUAAUAGCAAUCCAAGAGGAAUUAAAUUAACUGGGAUGGGUAGGGGCGAAUGUCAGUAGUGAACGUCACUGACAGAGUGCUAGAUAGCGUGAUUUAUAAAUCAGUGUCAUAUCAAGAGCUACUUUUCAGAUUUGCAGUACUAAUUAACUCUUCCAUGUUUCCUUCCUUUUCUCGUUAUUAAAAUCUGUUGUUUUUUUAAUAAGAAUUAUUUUUCUCUUCCCCAUGUAGGAUAGCAGUGGUCCAUACUCACAAUCUUAGUGAUAUAUUUUUCAAAGAUGUUUCAGCUGGCUUUUAAGAUCUCAGAACUAUUUUUUUUUUAAGCCUACUUUUUUUUUUUGUCUGAAAGACUUCACAUCAUAUUUGCUGUUUCCCUUCCUUUUUAUUACGUAUCUUAAGCUUUUUGUGCCCUUUUUGUGGAUCUCUUAACUCUUUAAGAACUAUCUUGGCAAAUUUGCAUUGCAUUAUUUGAGUUUUAUAAUCGUAAAUAUGAUAUGUAAUAAGUUCCCCAAUAUACCUCCAUAAUAAUGAUUUUUAAUUAUCUUUAUGGUCCAUCAUUGACAACUUUUAAUGCCAAAAAGUUGCAUUUCUGAAACCUAAUAUGUUUGGGUUAUAACAGUGCAUUAUAAAGCCAGGAAUAAACAAACAGACCUCCCUUUUUGUUUCCUCUGUUACCAUCUUUUCCAUAUGUGCAGUCUAACUAGCAAGUAGGCCUUAGACUAGCUACAUUUAUUACUUCAUUCCAAGCUUAUAGACUGAUAAAAUGUUGUGAAUAAAGGGGACCCUAGGAGUAAAGGAGAUCCAAAAUAUACUUUUGGAUAAUUUGAAGUUUUGUGUUCUCCAGAUCUGCAGGAGGAAGGUACUCACUGUAAUUGUUUACUUUUGUUUCAUACAUGUUUAUAAGGUAUUCCAGCACUUCAGUGGAGGCAUUCCUAUUGUUUAAUGUCUGUGCAUUCAGCUUUUAUCCUCUGUACUGCAUAGCUUUUACUUUCUAAAAAUUCAGUUAUGCUUUAUCACUUUAUCAGAUUUCCUUUACGUAGACUGCAUUCUGUAUUAUUUACUAUCAUUUCUAAUUAGUUCUAAACUCCAGCCAUCCUCCUGUUUCUGCUCAUCAUUUUUUCAUCCAAAAUUUUCUAAAUGUUAUGUUGCAGAACACAUCUGGUCUCUAUAUGCUGCAAUAAGGAUGGGCAUGCAAGGCAUUUUAUCAGUGUCUUGCAUUACUCUACCGUCUCUUUAUGUAUCCUGACCCAAAUGUCUUCUGAAAUAGUUCCUAACAUUGAAUGAAUGAUUUAUUUUAGCAGACAUUUUUUUGUUUUUUUUUUUGGUAUCAGUCGAAUUAUACUCUGGUUAAUUUUGAGUAUUUUCAUGUGU